GCGACCAGAUCGUCACCCCCAGGUCGCGCUCUCGCACCAUGUCGCCCUCCAUACGCCUCCCAGAGAGGGAGGUCGUACUCAUGAUCCUCCACGAGCUCGGCAUCAUCUUCAAGCCCUCCCUCGUCACCGCCUUCACCCUCGUCAUCCUACGAAGAUACGCCGACGUUUGUAUCCCGACAUGGGCCAUCUUCGGUCUCACUCUGCUCAGCCUGCCCGUCAUGCAUGGCCUGACCGUAUGGUGGAACAACUGGUGCAUCGCCCGCAAAGCCGCUCAGAUGGGUGCCGUCUUGCCGCCCCGCAUACAAGGACGCUGGCCCGGUGGCAUAGACCUGCUCAUGAAGCUCACCCGUCAGGCCGAGACCGGCUUCCUCAGCGAGAUGCAAUGGGGCAACAUGCAGUCCGUCGGACGCACCCUCAAGAUGGACGUUCUUUGGAACGGGAGAUAUAUCACGUCCGACGCCAGCGUCGUCAAGGCGAUUCUGGCCACUGAUUUCGGCAACUUCGUCAAGGGAGAGACAUUCAACACGAGCAUGCGAUCUGUUCUUGGCACGGGUGUUUUCAACUCGGAUGGCGACAUGUGGAAGUUCCACCGCUCCAUGACAAGGCCAUUCUUCACUCGUGAGCGGAUCAGCCACUUUGACCUGUUCGACAGACACGCAGAGGAGGCCAUGCACAAAAUGAAGGCGCGCCUCGCCGAGGGCUACGCGGUCGACUUCCAGGACCUCAUCGCGCGCUUCACGCUCGACAGCGCGACCGAGUUCCUCUUCGGGUCCUGCGUCGCGAGCCUCUCGUCGACGCUGCCGUACCCGCACACGGCGCCGGCGCACCUGCUCGGGCAGCAGCGCGGCGCGUCCGCGCCGGAGGCCUUUGCGCGCGCGUUCGCGGAGGCGCAGUCGAAGCUCAACUUCCGCUUCCGCAUGGGCUGGCUGUGGCCGUGGUUCGAGCUGCUCGGGAGCGAGACGCGCGCGCCGAUGGAGACCGUCGACGCGUUCCUCGACCCGAUCCUCGCCGCCGCGGUCGAGAAGGCGGAGCGGACGAAGCGGGAGAACGGCGGGAGCGUGCCUGAGAACAUGGAGGAGAUCGAGGAGGACGAGACGCUGCUCGACCACCUCGUCAAGUACACCGACGACCGGAAGAUCCUGCAUGACGAGGUUCUGAACAUCAUGAUUGCCGGGCGUGACACGACUGCCAUCACACUGACCGUCGCGAUCUACUUCCUCUCGCAACAUCCGGAGGUGCUUCGUCGCCUCAGGCAGGAAAUUCUCGAGAAGGUGGGCCCGUCCCGCCGGCCUACGUAUGAGGACAUCCGGGAGAUGAAGUAUCUGCGAGCCUUCAUCAACGAAACUCUGAGACUGUACCCCGCUGUACCUUGGAACGUUCGCUACUCCGUCAACGACACCGUCGUCCCGAGCCCAAACCCCGACAAGCCCUACUUCAUCCCGGCCAACACCCCCGUCGUGUACUCCGUGCACUGCAUGCACCGGCGCGAGGAGUUCUGGGGGCCGGACGCGGAGGCGUUCGACCCGGACCGCUUCCUGGACGCGCGCGCGCAGCGGUACCUGACCCCGAACCCGUUCGUCUUCCUGCCCUUCAACGCCGGGCCGCGGAUCUGCCUCGGCCAGCAGUUCGCGUACAACGAGAUGUCGUUCUUCCUCGUCCGGCUCCUCCAGCACUUUGACGACGUCGCGCUCCGCGAGGACGCGCUCCCGCCCGCGUGCCGCGUCCCCGCCGCCUGGGCUGGCGCACCCGGACGCAAGGGCGUCGAACGCUUCUGGCCCAAGACGCACCUGACGCUGUACGCCAAGGGCGGCCUGUGGGUCACGAUGCGGGAGGCACAGAACGCCGAGGCCAUCUGAAGGGGGACGCUGCGUGAAGAUGCUGUCGGCAUCCUGCUCGGACGGACAGUUUUUCUUUUACAUAGAUGUUCCCUAGACGUGUUGUACGAUACUGGCCUGUGUGUAGUACCGCUGUUAUCACACCGCGUUUUCGCAAGGC